AUGUGCAAUAUUCAUCUGUCCAGUGGUUUUGGCAAGCCAAGUGUUUAUCAUGGUUUAGUUGUAAUAUUUUUAGAAUUUUUUGCAUGGGGACUCUUAACAAAUCCAGUUAUUACCACUCUAAAUCGAACAUUUCCAUCACAUACAUUUCUUAUGAAUGGUGUUAUUCAUGGUAUAAAGGGUUUACUAACGUUUCUUAGUUCUCCGUUAUUGGGUGUUUAUUCAGAUGUAUGGGGACGAAAACCAUUUUUACUUCUUACAGUCUUUUUUACAUGUUCACCAAUACCAUUAAUGAAAAUUAGUCCAAUGUGGUAUUUUGCUCUAAUAAGUAUCAGUGGAUUAUUCUCUGUGACAUUUAGUGUUGUCUAUUCUUAUGUGGCCGAUGUAACAGAUGAAUUAUCAAGAGGAGCAGCAUAUGGUCUUGUAACGGCUACAUUUGCUGCCAGUUUGAUAACAAGUCCAGCCAUUGGUGCACAUUUAGCUCGUUUAUAUAGUGAAAAUUUUGUUAUUGCUGUGGCCACAGGCGUAGCUAUUUUGGAUCUUAUAUUCAUUUUUUUUGCUGUACCGGAAUCAUUACCAGAACGUUUGCGAACAAAUACUAAAAUAUCAUGGGAUAAAAUUGAUCCAUUUUCAGCAUUAAAACAUAUUACACAUGAUCGAUUUAUAUGUCUUACUUGUUUUAUUGUCUUUUUAUCAUAUUUACCAGAAGCUGGGCAAUAUUCAUGUUUUUUUGUCUAUUUAAGAUUGGUGCUUCAAUUUACGGAAGAUGAAAUUGCUUAUUUUAUCGCCUUUAUAGGAAUUCUUUCAUGUAUUGCUCAAACUGCUAUUUUAGCGUGUUUACAACGUUAUUUUGGUUCUAAAGAAACAAUAAUGGUUGGAUUGUUUUUUCAAAUUGUACAAUUAGCCGCAUACGGAAUUGCAACAUCUAACUGGGUAAUGUGGUUAGCUGGUGUAUUCGUUGCAUUAUCUUGUAUCACUUAUCCGUCCAUAAGUGCAUUUGUAUCUAUCUACGCUAAAGAAAAUGAGCAAGGACUUGUUCAAGGAAUGGUGAAUGGUGUUCGAGGUUUAUGUAAUGGUUUAGGUCCAGCCAUGUUUGGUUUUAUAUUUUAUUUAUUCCAUGUUAAUUUAAAUGACGGCAAUAUACACAGUACAACGUUGUUGCCAAUCAGUUUUCAAAAUAAAACAUCUAUUUCAUAUAAAAAUGAUAUACUCAAUGUAAGUGGAAACAUAGUUUUCAAAAGCAUAAUAAAUAAAGAGCACAUCAAAAAGAACAACUAAUAAAUUAUUGUUUAUUUCAGCGUGAUGUUCCUGGACCACCAUUUCUGUUUGGUGUUUUAUUGGCUACAAUUGCUUUAAUGUUUUCUCUUCUCUUACCAAAUUCUAAACCUGACUCAAACGAUGUAAAUACAACACGAACAGUUGAACGAGAAGCACUUUUAUUAGAUCUAGUGACAGACACAGGUGUUACUUCGACUUGAGUUCUAAUACAUAUUUUAUUUUUUAACAAUUUUAAAUUUGAUUUUCCGGACAAAAAUGCAAAACUUCUAAAACCAAAUGAUCUACAAUUAGUUAAAAAUGUCAUUUAUCGGACAACUAAUUGUACUUCAAUGUAGAACAAAUUAAAAUGCAAACUACAUUAUAUUGAUGAAACUUUAUGAGCGUCAUAUGUCUGACGCACUUCACUGGCUGCUCUUUCUUUUUCCAUUC